GAUUUGAUUUAAUUGGAUCACUCAAAGCAGCAGGUGAGAGGCGCUUCAGUUGCUUACUUUAAGCAGCGUACCAUUCAAGCUCUUGUUUAUUCCUCUGUAAUUUUCGAAGAACAAAAAUGUCAACUCCUCCUAAUCAAGCUCAGGAAGAAGAUAAGAAGCCUGGCGAUCAAUCUGCUCAUAUCAACCUCAAAGUCAAAGGCCAGGAUGGCAAUGAAGUUUUCUUCCGAAUCAAGAGGUCCACCCAACUGAAGAAGCUCAUGAAUGCAUAUUGUGACCGACAGUCAGUAGAGUUUGACUCUAUUGCUUUCCUGUUUGAUGGACGUCGACUACGUGCAGAUCAGACUCCGGAUGAGUUGGAAAUGGAAGAUGGUGAUGAGAUAGAUGCUAUGCUUCAUCAGACUGGAGGCACUCUUGUUUUCUAGAGGAUAUACUAAGACACUUCGGUAGGAUGAAGUAGGCUUCCGUGUAUUGUUUUGUUUCAUUGGAUAGGCCAUGGCAUGGUACAGUAACUAUAUAGUCUAAAGUCUAAACCAAUCGGCUAUGUAACUUCAGUGAAAUUAUGUUCUUUACCAUUAGCUUAUAGUACUAAUCUGUGUGGAUGGUUAACAAGAUUGCAAGAAGACAGCUUGUAAUUUGUAAGCAUAGCAAGUUUGAGAUUAAUUUUAUGUCUGUACUCUAUACAUUGUUAUCAA